AAAGAAAAUAACAAAGAGCAAGUUUAACACGAGCCACAUUAAAGUUAAGCUUGGUCUUAACUAAUCCUGUCGUGCCUUCGCCUAAUACAGAUACAGUGUUUAGGAGAACCAUUAACGUAGUUGGCAAUAACAGGGACAUUUCUCACUUUAGGUCCUGUCGCAGCUGCGCUACGUUCGCGCUGCAUACUUAAUGACAGCUAACCUGACUAAGUAGCUUACUUUAGAAGUGAAUCCACAUCAUGCUGUGUAACAAUCUGUUCUGAUGUAGGGAAUCCACUCACUGAAUAUUGCUGUGUCCUUUGCUUCAGAGGUACAUGCUCCAUGUGUUUUGAGCUGCAGGUUUGGAAUAAGUAGAUAGAAGAAAAUGGACGAAAUCACACAAGAAGAUAUUGGGCCACAAACAGAGAGAGAGCUUACGUCACCAUCCUCCUCAAAACCAAAGACAGUUUGUACAGUGACAAACAACCACAGUGAGAAAAGCAGGUUUGACUUUCCAGAGCUUUUGACAUUUCAGAAAACCAGUAGCUUGCCACCAUCAAAGAGCACCCCUCAGAACCAUAUGGUCAAAAUAUACACAACAGAAAAUUGGGAUAUUCAAGAUGAAAAACCUUGUGAGCAACUGCAAGACACUAAAUUAAUUGCCAUGCCUACUGUUAAGGUGACUACUUCACACACUGAUUAUACACAUGCAAGAUUGUCUGAAGUCUGUUAUACUGCUGAGAGACACUUCCUACAUGUAGAGAAAGAUGAGCAGUAUCCGUUCACUAAAAGUGACAAGCUCAGCUUAUACCGCCUUGAUGAUGCAGGUGGGGCAUUAGCAGACUCUCACAUGUCAACAGAUACUAGCACUGACAUGUCCUGUAAUCCUGAUUGCAAACGGCUAGGGAAAUCACUUGUAGACGAGGACCCUGGUGAUUACUGCCUUCACGCUGGAAAUGACCAAGAUGGGAGACAGGUGCAGCACUAUAUCAGUCAAAUCCAAGCAUUCACCAUUAGUUCAUGUGAUGAGGAGGUCACAUGUCAGUCUGAUCACACUUAUGUAAAUGCACCAGUUGAUGCAGAUUUCUGCAAAGUGUGGAUCCAGUUUGCUGAAUUUGAAGCAAGUAAUCAGAAGAGGGAAGAGCACAACUGUGAUAAGAAUAACCUUUUCAGAAAGGAAGAGAAGGAGUGGAACAGUCCUACAUCUUCCAGUGCUUAUGUAGACUUGAAACCAUUCUACACAAACCCUGAAGAGAACAGUUCUGGGAGCUUGACAGAAGACGGAAAAAAUGAGGAAACAAUAUUAGAAUUGCAGCAUUUUGCAAAUGAAAACGCUGCCAUAAGUGAUGCGGAAACAAAAGGGCAAGUUAAUGAGAAUGGCAUGAGCAGAAACUUUGUCCCCUUUGUUGCUGAAUGUGUUGAGGGAUCAUUUGUUAGUUAUGAUGUGGUCUUAGCAAGAAAUAUUUCAGUUGAGAAUGGGAGCCUUGAAACUGAUGACUUCUGUGAGGCAUUGGGAGAGCAUGCUGCUGGCAAAAUGAUAGCCAAAGCUUGGAUUGAAAUGGCUGAUCACACAACAGAGACUCCAAUGUCUGCAAGAAUCGGUGAAGCACCUGCUGAAGGAGAUAAUGAUGCAUUGCCUUUCAAUGUUAUUGACCCUGCAAUGUGGAGUGAAACUGAAAGGGAGGCUGAAGAGAAAAGCUGUAACCCAGAGAGUACUGCAGGUGUAGAAUUAUCUCCAUCAGUGCAAGUCUGUGAGAUGGAAAUGUCUCUUCCACUUUGUUCUGCUGUCAGGCCAUCACAGGAGGUUUCAGCUCCCAGUUCAACCAGGCAGUUUAAUCACCAAAGCAGAAUGCAGCAGGGGAAAGAAGAAAAAGAGGACUUAUGUCAGCCAUACACAGAACCACAGACUUGUUCCAUCACCACCAAUGAAACACAUGACAUGAUUGGCAGUAAAGGUGGCAGUCACUGGAAAUCCUCUCCCAGUAGGAGACUAUGCAGGCUCGAAAAGCCUCCUCCUGCUGGGUACAGAAGACAAGAAAGUUAUAGUAUUAUGGGACAUCAGUUGAAUGAGCAGGAUCAAUCUAGCUAUUUUCCUGUUAGCCUUGACAACCAAAAAACACAGGAAGCUGAACAUUCACAGACAGAAACCACCAGAAUGGACAGGACUACUGAGAUCAAACAAACAGAAGAAAUUACAAAUUAUGAAGAAGAAAUAAGAACUGAGGAGCACGGGAGCUUAGAGAAAACAGAGGAGUCAGUGGAAGAACUUCUGAAACUAAAUGAGGUAAGCAAAGAAGACACAAAUGAAACAGCACGUAGUUGGACAGAGGGAAAAAUUAGUGAAUGUGGCAACAGGAUAAUUAUCAAAGAUCAACUAGAAAAGAAGCUUGAGUAUUUUUCUGACCAUGUAUACAUGGCUAAUAUUUCCAUGAUGGUUGAGACAACUGAAGAAGAGGAAAGAAACAAAGUGACAAAUGUGGGAGAAGAAGAAAUGAAGCCUGAUCGGCAUGAAAACUCAGAGAUAUUGAAAUUAGAGGAUGAUCUGCAGCAACACACUAAACACAAAACGGACACAAUGCUAGAAUCUCAUGUUGAAUGUAUCAGUGAAUGGACAGACGGUAACUUGAGUGGCAACAAAUUACCCCAAGUUAGUCACCAACACAGAGCAGAGACAUUUAUGGCUGAAAGUCCAGAUAACAUUUUGGCCUUCACUUUUCCUCUAACAAGUGAUGCAGUUGUGCCAUAUCAACAUGAUUUAAGCCAUUCACAAAAUGCUAACGACAACCCCACAGGCUUAAACCGUAGUGACAGAUUUUCUCCAGUGCCAUCUGCUUUCACUCUCUACGACCGAGCGCUGGGUGGCUUUGAUACUUUCGAAAAGAUCCAGCUCUCACUAGAUGACGAUGACGAUGAUACUGCUGGCCCAGGCAACAUCCCUUUGCUCACCAGCUUGCCAGGGCAGCUGUUGAAAACACCCCAGCAACAACUUUCCCACUCCAUGCUAGGGGCUGAGAGUGACAGGCAUGAGGAGACACCGGAAGAGGAGAAGGAGGGUGAGGAGGAGAUGGAAAGAUUUAAGUGUCACACUGACAACAUGGAUAAUGGGGAUUUAGACAGGGAGACAAGUUGCAGUGAACUCCCAAACUUCAUCUCAGCAGCAGAUGUUAUUGCUCUCGGAUGGCCAGAGCCACAGACUGACUGUGAAUCAGCCUGUGAUUUCUGUGAGAACAUCCUGAAUGACAUGAAUACGCAGUCAAAAUCCACCACUGUUUCCACUAAGAGUGACAGCGCAGUCUCCAGUGUGAAUGACUACCCUGAGUUUGAAAUGCAAAAACAAUUCAACAUGGUCUUAAAAGAGCUGAACUUGUAUUUUGAUAUCAGUACAAGUGACUGUGCAAGCGACAAAGCAUCAUCACCUGAGCAGAGUAGUGAUAUAACUGAACCCUUGGAGGCAGACUCUUCAAACUGCAAAGAACAUCUCAGCAGCCCACACCUGGGAUGCCACAGAGACACAACAACAGAUGAUGCUGAUGAAGAGUGCAGGCUGGAAAUGUGUGAAGGUGUUCCAAUGGAUUGUUGUACUGCAGCUGGUAGCUGUGAUGGCGAGCAGGAGGUGCCCCUUGGCAGCCACAUGUGCCCAGAAACAUCUGUGAAGGCAGCAGAGAAACACAGAGAGCCCCAGGAGAUGGAGCAGAGAAGGAAACUGUGGUCUCCAUCCUUCAUGUGUCUGCCAUUUGUAGAACAACAGACACACGUACUGCCAGAGCAGCCCAAGAGACUGGAGCCACUGAGAACAUGCACACGCCCGAUCCGGGUUGGACUUUCAAAGAGAGCCAAGACCAAGCACCUACACUGUCCGCACCCCUACAAAUGAGCAUGGGAAAAGGAAUUGAGUUGAUACUGUAUGUGCAAGAAUGUUAACGCACCUCUUAAUGGCUUAGUCGUUUUCAACAGCUUAGAUAUUGUUUACUGAUUUACAGUAAAUGUUCAUGGUUUUCAUGUGCCUCCAUUCAGUUUUCAUGAGUUGCACUUGUUCCUGUACAGUUCUGCUACAGCUUUAUCUUAGGGAAGUUUGACUCCAGGCAAUAUCCUGUUUCACAUUUACAUACACCCACUCAGGUUCACAUUUAAUCCCACUGUGUGCUGCUGUUUUCCCACUGCGAUUAGAAAGUAAGUGCCUUGCCCAAGGACACCUUGUCAGUAUUGGUGUUUAUGAACAGCAACCUGCUUCCUCCAUAGUUCUCCAGCUGCUUUUAAACAUUUCUCACAUUUACUUAUUUAUUUAUUUAUUGAUAUAUUUAUUAGUUUGCUUUCCUCCCUGACACAUUCUUGUUUAUUUUUGGUUAUAUGGUAUUUAUAUAUUUAUAUCAACUAGUAUUUACAUAUUUCGCACUGUACAUUCACUUUUGAUUCAGCUGUGUUACAGUUGAUUCCUAUGUGUUACUGUAGUUGUAUUGAUACAAAUAAGCCUCAUGUUUCUCCUAUGUGUAGGUGUAUUAGGCCAGGGUCAAUGAGCUGCAUAUUUACUGUUGUUGUGGUGUUCUGAUUUUACCAUUAAAUAAGGUUCAAACAAAACACAAAGGUGGUUGCUAUAAACCUGAUAAUGUC